CCUGAAAUGGCAUGACUAGUCCUAGUUGGUGUGUUUAUGUAUGUGGAGUGUAAGUGGUUGUGUGUGAAAACGUGGUUUCAAGUUAGCUUUAAAGGUGAUAUUGAGGUGUGAUAAUUGUACAUUCGAUAUUUUGUUUUCAUCAUGUCGAAACCCGAGUCUGAAAAAAAGCUUAUCACUGGCAAAGAUAUUCCAACAAGACGAAUGGUACUGAAUGAUAUUUCGCAACUACCAACAGAUUAUUCUUCAACUCCCGGAGGAACAUUUUUCUCCACAACCCCAGGAGGUACUCGUAUUGUUUAUGAGCGAGCAUUCUUAAUGCAAUGUCGCAAUUCUCCACUUGCAAAGAGCCCCCCUGCCAAUAUGUUACGUAUUCCUGGUGUGACAAGCCCAGUACUCUCAGAGCUGGUGCGGGAAAAUGGUGAUGCCAUACACAUUCAUGAAGAGCGUGAUAAAGAUGAGAAAGUGUCUGCAGAAGAUGCACAGUUCCAGAUGGACAUUUGACCUUUCUGGACUCCCAAGACUUUGGUGUGGUGGUAGCCAGUCACUUGUUGGAACUGCUGUGUUUAAUGGCUCAAGGUUUUAUUGUGUGAAUUAUUUUGCCAUAUAUCUCAGGAUGUUCAAAGCAAUGACAGCACAGAGAUCAGUAACAGUGGAUUUUGUUUUGCAGUUGUCAGAUCCAUGCAAAUUGGUUAAUAAUACUGAUCUGUGGCUGACUUCUGCUGCUGUUUGUGCUCUGUGACCUCCAGUGAAAUUGAAGUAACUGACAGUGAUACUGAUAAUCUUAGACUAUUUAGUAAAGAGUAUUUGUAUUUCCAUGUACAUAUGCUGAACAGUCUUAUAGAUUGGCCUCCACAGUUGCAUUGCACACUGUUUUAAACUAGCUGUAACACUUGUCUGUGGACUACACACCAAAGAACGAUGUUAGCAGUGGUGGCAGUUUUUCUUUUUAAAACUAUUUAGUGCCAACAUUUUUAGUUGUGGUCUUUGGCUUUUGAAUAUUUUAUCAUUGAAAUUAUUAAAAAGGAAUGUUUAACUCAUGAAGGGAGAUUAAAUAAACAUUGGUGAUGGUUAUUUUUUUCCGAACUGUAUUUGUUUUUGCUAAUUUCUCAGCAGAUUGAUUAAAACUUCACUACUGGCAUUGCUCAAAUUGUGCUCCUGAGUGCCUGUUUUCUUUUAUGAUUUUUACGGUGCUAAAACCUUGAUGAAAUUGUUUUAUUAAGCAACUUUUAGAAAGCAGUUUCAUAAAAAUGCAAGCAGCAGCUGUUAUGCCUAUAUGUACAAAUAGGUUUAAAUUUAUUUUUUUUUAAUUUGAGGUUUAGCAGAUGAGUUUUGAAUCCUUGAAUAAGUUGAAGAAAUCCCUGUUGAUGGAUAAUUUUUUUGUUUGUGGCUGCAGAUGGAGAUGUUGCAGAUUGGGUUCUUGUAACAGUAAUGUGUCUGGUGUCUGUAAACAAACUAUUGUGUUGCUGAUGGGAGGGUGAUGAGCAUUCAGAAAAAGUCAUUGUCCAGAAGUUUAAUGAAGUAUACAAAUUUAUAAUCUGAUCAGUCAAAAGUCUUGUUUUCUGUUGUGAAAUGUCCAUACAUUGGUACUCAGACGUCUGUUGACUGUUAAGGUCCAGAUUGAGACUAUGGUUUCCAUGCAGCCUCUGGUCACUCCACAAUAGCAGUCAAAAUUAUGCUAUAGAUAGUCUGGGUCCACAGAGUUAAAACAGCUGCUGCCAUUGGACAACUGUGAUGUUUGUAGGGAUUUUUUUUUUAAAAAGUUAAUGGCAACUUUUAUUGCCAUUCUUCAUCUCUGUCCUUAGUGCUGAGAAGGGGAAACUGCAUAAUGUAAAAUAUUAAAAUGCAUUCGGUAUGAAGAUGGCAUGGGAAGAAAAUUGUUGCAAGACUGCACCUCCUUUCAAGGAGGGCUGGAAGUACCUGUUGCAAAUAUGACAGUUGCUUGUCACAUAGCAAAAGGGCAAGUUUACAAUCUGUACUUGCCAUAGCAUUUGUCAUAUUUGCAAUAGGUACUUGCAUUUAGCACUGAGUCUGGUAAUUUUGAAAUGUUACAUUUAACAUUUUAAAGAAACUCUUGUAACAUUGUAAUGAAAUAUAGUUCACAUGGGAGCUGUUUUAUGCCACUUGAUUAAGAGCUUUGAAGUGCAUGGGGGGGAAGUCUAGAGGACUUAAGUGUGCUUAGACUUUUAUGUCGUUUUUCACUUGAGAGGGUGGGGAUAGAUGGGUGGAGUUCUCAGUUAUGCUUUCAUUUUAAGGUCUUGGUGAUUCAACGUGAAAGAUCCAAAAUAUUAACUAACAUGCCUAUGCAAAUUGGUUAAGUGAUUUUUGUGGGCAAACACUUGUUUAUAAAGUGGCGUUUGUCAUUUUGUUCAUGGGAGUGGCCACGAGGAAAGUAUAAAUAUGAAAAAAGUAUUUUGAUAGAUGGGAAUAAAUAUUAUUGUGCAAUUCAUGUUUUUGUUGCUACACAAGUGUGUACAUUAUGGUGUUCUUAACAACCCAUAGCCAAUAUGCAUUUUCCUUAGCCAAUGCUAUUUACAACACUUCCGUGGGAGCGAAGCUUUCAUUGGUAGAUGUUGCGUGAUAAUCAAACAGCUUGUUUCUAUUUAGCAUUCUUUUCUAUGGUGCAUUUUAUUACACGUUUUCCUUGUCCUCCCCUCCCUCCUUUUUUGUGGUAAUCACAAGUCUGUGUUUAGCACAAAACGUAAAUCCUAAAGUGUAAAACAGACCAAGACUUUUUUUUUUUGUAUUGCAUUUGCAAACUAAAGUUCUUAAAGUGUCCAAGCAUAAUACGGUUUCAUCCAAUUUGUUGUCUCCUCUUGAUAAUUAAGUUACCAAGAAGUGCAAUCAAGUGUUAAGAGAUGAAAAACAUUUUUUUUUUGGAAAAAUUGAAGUCAGUAGCUAUCUUUUUUUUCCCCAAAACUUUUCAGGUUACUGUAAAUUAGACUGUUGAGUAUAGAAUGAACUCAUUGUUAAAGUCCCUAAAUAAAACUUUUGUGUGAACAAUUCUAAAUCUUGCUAUGAAAAUGAAUUUUUAUGCAGAAUAAUAUAUUACAAGGUCAUUUUUUUUUUAGAUUUCGAACAGUGCCAUAUCUAGAAAAUGUGACACCUAUAGGCCAAAGCAGCUUUUCAUAGGUCACAGGAGAAGAACAAGACCUGUUGACCUACCAUUGUUAAGUUUAAACCAAAAGCAUCCAGAAUCUGUUGCAGCUUGCAGCAAUGAUGCAACACCACCUGCUGAUCUACUUUUCAAUCUGCCCUAAAUGUUUUUUAAAAAGGUUACUUUUUUUUAAAGCUAUACCUGAGGGACAUUUUUAACUGAGCAUUUAUGAGAAAUGAAAGCUGCUGGCUUUUUUUUUUUUUUUUUUAAUGGCAGUGGGGGUUUCUUGAUAUGACUUGUGUUCUUAUUCAGCUCUGGCUUUUGUAAAUCAUUGUUUAUGGCAACCAACAUAUUUUUCUACAGGGUUAAUUCUGUAGCAGAAUGUGAAUAGCUAGAAAUGUUACAUUUAUCCCUUCUUUGCAAUAAUUGUAAACUAUGGAUGGGCAUUAACAGUAAAAGACUUAUAUAUCCAUGUUUAACAUGAAUCUAUGUAGAGGUAUUAGUUCUAUUCAGGCUAUGCAUCUUUGUCGUGUCAAGUUAAUUUUUUUGUGACAUGGUUAGCCACUGAAGUAUGUUAAGAAUAUGACACAUGCAUUCACUCAGAAUGGAAGGGAGGGGGGAGAGAAAAAAGAUAUUUUAAUUUCCAACCAAUCAAGCUUAUACCAGUGAAAUCAUGUGACAAUUUUCUGUUUAUCUUGAAAUAAAUUGAGUGCUUUUUUAAAAAAAA